GUUCCUGAGGGGAAGGACGCAAAGAGAUUUUCUUCCCAAUCUCGUCGCCUUCUGAACCUUCCAUUCCAGGGCCAGCCCAGCGGGGUCACCUUCACAAAGGCCUGGUGCUCUUGGUCUAUUGUUUACCAGCCUCUUUUCCCUCAGAGGGACAGAAGAAACCUUCCCCACUCCCGUGUGAAAUCAACUAAGGUGGGAACAACCAUGCAUCUAAAGGUGGAAGCGGCUGCCCAAAUUCUGCUGGGUUUCGCCUUUUGUCAGACGUUCGGUGCCCACAUUCCCUGCCGGGAGCCCUCCGAUGCAGAGCUGGAAUCCAUGCUCAGCCACCAUCUUGCUCCUGGAGUUAGCUUAUUGGCUCCAAUGGAGGAUGUUUUACCUGACCAGGACCUGAAGUCAUGCCCUGUGAACGUCAGCCAGACCUCGUCCCGCCUCCAGGACAGGAGCGCCUCUCCGUGGUCAUACAGGGUCAACGAAGACCCGCGCCGGUAUCCCCGGAGGGUGCUGGAAGCCUACUGCCUGUGUGAGGGCUGCCUGGUAGACAGGCAGGAGGACAGGUCUGUGCAGAGUGAGCCCUUUUACCAGGAGGUGCCCGUACUGCAGAAAUCCGGCCGGUGUGAGGCAGGCCAGUACGUUUACCAGCCCAGCCACCUGCAAGUCGCUCAGUUUUGCAUUUGCACUUUCCCUUGAAACAAGCAAAAUGCUGUCACCUGGGGCCAUCACCUUGCAGCCUGCGUCAGUGCUCCUGCCAAUACAACACUGCCACUGUCAUUCGGCAGGGGGAGCAGAACGAACGCUGGAGCCUCAGGAACCAGGGCUGGCUCGGGUGCUGUCCUUGGAGAAAGACAAGUACCACAGCGAUCCCACGUAACGGCCAGCACGCUCACCACGCCCUCUGCUACUGUCAUUCACCAGUGGCACACUCUACAGAGGACUUUCCAAUGGCCAGUCCCAUUGCUAACCUGGUUUCCUCCUGGGGGAGGUCUAGGCCACAGCCAGGUGGGACUGGCUGUUUUUCAGCUUUGCCGAGUGCUGCUAAGGCAGAGGGGACCUGCAGCCCAUGGAGUUCCCCAGGGCAGCUUGCGGCUAACCCCAUUUUUAAUGCAGGCUGAGAGAGGUCCAGCCCACAAGGUGACAGGUCCAGGUCAGGAUGCUCCAUCUUGAUCCAGGGAGCAGAUGCUCAGUCAAGAAGGGGCUUCCCAGGUGACCUGUCGUCUCUGUGAGCUGCGCCUCCACAUUAAACAGGAAGAGAACUGCAAUCUGCUUUCCUGGAAGGGCACAGCCCUCGAGCUCUGGGCAGGCUGCCCAUGUGGUCCUUGGCCAGGCAAUGGUUGAGUGCCCCUGUUCAUGGUCACACACAGCUUCAGAGAACUCAAAGAGCAACCUGCCCCUCAUUCACUUCUCCUGGGUCCUGCAGAGAGGGGAGUUGCUUUGCUGGGAUGGACACGACCAGCGGAUUCCACUCGGGAUGAUCCUACAGGAUGUGCUUGGUCUGUGGAGCUCCUGUUGUCAGAAAUGUCUUUGCAGCCUGGGGAGCCAGCACAGAAGUGGAGCCAGUGGGCUGAGGUGCAUUAGAGGGUUAGCGACUGCCCGGCACUUGGGAAUGCUUAAUUCAGAAUCAGGUGCAAUCAGACAAGGUCCCUCUAGAAGCCACGUAAACUCUUGUGUGCUGUUUAAAAGACAACCCCCCAGUGUGGCAUAACAGUCAUGCAAACCUGGCAGCAGGGAUGUCAUGAGCUGGUGUGUUUGGCACUAGUGCUCGGGAACACUGCCGCAUUGUUGGCUUGUCUUUAGUAAGGGAAGAGAUAGCGUCGUUCCCUGGCCAGAGCUGCAGUCCUGCUUCUCUGUCUUUGGAGGCCUCCAGAAGGCAGGAGGGGGAGGUGGCUUUCUUCCACAGCAGGUGUCCACUAAACUGGGCUGCGAGGCAACAUUGCCCCAGGGAGACCUUAUUGCUAAUUCUCUCCACUAAUAAAUGUUACUCACCUUG